AUGUCGGCCUACGAUUAUCCCAAGUUGUCUCGUUCCGAAAUCAUCUCAGUCCUCACGGAGGCUAACAUCGCUUCCGUCAAAGAUGCCGAUCUCAUAAACCCUACUUUCGACUCCGUCUCCGACCUUUACACCCGUAUCCUCAUCUAUCUCGACGUCCUCACCGAAGAAGAGAAAGGGCAAGUCGAUUUCGAGGCUCUAGAGCAACUGGAGAAUCCAGAUCACUUCACAGCAGCAGCUCCGGCGAUGAUUCUUUACAUCAAACUCAAAGACACGUUAGAGAUGUUGGACUGUCCUCUACAGAUCAAUUUCAAGGAUCUCUUACGCCCUGACUCUCCCCGAACCGAGUUUUUCAUCAGCGCUCUCUUGAACUUUAGUCUUUACAAGGAUUCAAAGAUGGAGCUUAUAAGACCAUUGGCGGAAGAGUUGACUCUUCUUGAUGAGCAACGGAGGCAAUCAGAGGCCAAGAUUGCUCAGUUGAAUGCAGAGAUUGGAGAGUUUGAUGAAACCUGUGAAAGGGAUUUACCUUUUGUUCAAGAGUUAGAAGCGAAUAUAGAAGAACUCACUCAGAAAAUAUCAGAGCUCAAUAACCAGCAGCUUUCUCUGAGAGCUACGUUCAAUAAAAUGAAGGAGGAGAGUACAGAGAUGGAUAACAAGAUUUCGAAAGCAGAGUUUGACCUUCUGCAAGCUGUCCAAGAAAAUGCAAACCUACGGGAUAAAAUUGUUCAGUCGCCAGACAAAUUACAGGGGGCCUUAGAAGAGAAGAAACUAGUUCUUGAGGAAACAAAGAAAGCUGAAAGAUUAGCAAUGGAAAGUUUCCAGGAAAAGGCUGCCGUUCUUGAGGUUUAUGAAAAGGCAUUCAAGAAAAUGUCAAAAUCAUCUGCGCAACUGCAAUUAAUUAACGAACAGGUAACCAAUGUAAAAGCAAUAGAGAAGGAUCUAAAAGCUCUGAAAGCUAAACUCAGUGAAGAUGGGGCAGGUUACAAAUCACUAGAGGCGAAAGUGGUUGAGCGGGAAAGAACAGUGAAACAGUUGCACGAAUCGUUAAAGCUGUUAGAGAAAGAGAAACAAGUCAUGUUUGAUGAUUGGACGAAAAAACUGAAUGAAAUAAGAGUGGAAGUUGAAUCAAGAAGACGUCAACUUGAAGCCAGGCAAAACGAUGUUGAAUCAGUAGUGGCUAUGGUUGAUGAGAAUACUGCCAAGACUAACCAGGUGAAACAAUCAGGGAAAGCUAAAGUGAAACAGUUAGCAGCUAAAUAUGAAGAGAUCGUGAAGCAGUUUCAUGAAUACACGGUGUCGUUUGGAGCGGUUCUCCCAAACUUGUGAAGUUGUGAAAGGGAAAGAAGGAAGGUUUGAGUUAAGUGAAGGUUCGAGAGAGAGAGAUAUUGCAUUGUUCUUCAGAUUUCGAACCAAAUUUAUUGUGAUUGUAUCAAAGCUUAGAAAAAUGUUAUGGGUAAAUUUGCGAGAUAGCCAAUUUUGAGAGCAAUAUUAAG